GUGUCUUGCGCCUGACCUUCGUCCCGCUCUCUUCCUCGCAUUGCAGCGGAUCGAUCCCAAGCUGGUGCAACCGUGCUACUCGAGGAUACAAGCUACGUACAACUACCAGAGCUAGCGAGCCAGUGACGACUUGACCCUGCCUGCUCGACAAUCAUCGCUUGUUGCUUGCCACGCUAGGGUGAACGCCACGGUGUCUGGGAUUCAUGAAUGCGGCAGUCGUGAGAUCAGGGCAACAUGCGGAUUGGGUGUCUUCAGUUCGCACCGCAGGUCGGGGAUCUGAACAAUAACCUCAACAGGGCCGAUGCGGUCCUCAACCGGGCGGAUCCAGAGGAUCUCGACCUCCUCGUGCUGCCUGAGCUGGCUUUCUCAGGGUACAAUUUCAAGAAUCUCCGCGAUAUCUCGCCUUUUCUCGAACCUAGCGGCUCCGGUAUCAGUUCGUUGUGGGCGAGAACGAUUGCGCUGAAGUACGACUGCACGGUUAUCGCUGGGUACCCUGAGAAGGUCGAUCCAUCUUCGAAAUGGCCAACGGGCCCCGAGUAUUACAACAGCGCGAUCAUUGUAAAUGGGGAUGGCGAGACCAUAGGAAAUUACAGAAAAACGCACCUGUACCGGACAGAUGAGACCUGGGCGUUGGAAAAUCCCGAAGGCUUCUACAAAGGCUUCAUUCCCGGGCUCGGCCAUACAGCCAUAGGGAUUUGUAUGGAUCUCAAUCCUUGCCAAUUCAAAGCCCCGUGGCAUGCCUUUGAAUUCGCUUUCCAUGUCCUGGAGCACCAGUCGAAUCUUGUGGUCUUGUCCAUGGCCUGGAUGACCGCCCAAGACGGCAGGUCUUUCAGCCGGAUGCCUCAAGAACCAGACGUAGAGACCCUGAUGUAUUGGGUAACUCGUCUUGAACCCUUGAUACGCGCCGAGGAGGAUGAAGAGAUCAUCGUCGUUUUCGCCAACCGGUCUGGAAUCGAAGAUGACGCUAUCUACGCUGGUACAAGUGCUGUCCUUGGUAUCAAAGACGGCGAAGUGGUCGUCUACGGGAUAUUGGGUCGCGGAGACAAGGAUCUGCUGGUGGUCGACACAGAUGAGGCACCGUACGCACGACUGGUGUACCGGCCUUUCGGUGCCGACCUCGAGUCCGCGACUGAACAAAGCCACGCGAAUGGCGUGAAAUCCCGGAAUGAUGGUGUUGCUUCAAACGGCUCACACACAACAAUCAACCCCAAGGGCCCUGGCAACGUCAUCUCAGACUACGGGACAGGGACGUCCGAAACUGGAUCUUUGUCUGCCCCAUCAACGCAGUCCAAUCUUUCAGAGUCAAGUGGAUCCUCGACCAAGGCUCAGACAUCCCGAAGCAGUAAAUCGAGGGCGAAACCUCGAAAGAAGCUGUCACUGCAGACGGAUGAGGCGACGCUCAAUGCAAACAAUGUCGACGCCCCGAUGAUACAAACACCGACAGGGCCAAGCCCAACACCGAUCGCCGUGAGGCCACGUUUGACCAUACCACCCGCUGAUUCUAUUACGCACAAGUAUCUCACAGAGAACUACCAGGAUCCCAACGCCGGGAAUGCGAAGUCGUCUCAAGCUUUAUGUGUAACUACUCAAGCGUUGCCGGUGCACAAACUGACUCCCCAUCCCAUGGUGAACAACGCAGGAGGAGAUGGAGCCAUCAAGAUCUUUGGGGGCGAGGUCAGCAUCGUGCGUGAAGGAAGCGAAUCCGGCGCUUCAUCAGCCCGCGAACCUGUAUCUCAUUUCUCUCCGCUCUCCGCAUCAUCUUCCAACCUUUACUGGAUGCCGCCAGGCAGGCUACUCGACACACCACUGCCAAAUCGGGGCUGGACGCCUGCAGCUGCCUCUGAUGCGACUGUCUUCUCAGACGCGUCCCCUAUUGUCUCCCGCAGCAAUGCAACGUCGGCUCUUUCCAACCGUUACCCAAAGUCUAGCCCGCAUACUGCACUUCCGCACGCAAAUGGGCAGACUUUCGCUGAAGGGUUUGCCAACGCUAGCAGACAGCUACAAAAGGCCCGUGAAUCCAGCAAGAGUGCUCAGGGGCUGGAGAGUGUCCCACGUCCAGCUUCGCCAAAGUCCAGGAACGCGAGUAGGUCUCGCGGACCCGAGAGGCCUGGUUCGGAAUUGGACUCGAACACAAACCUCAACGCCAUCGCACUAAAGCUGGAUGAAAUUGCCCAGCGGGUCGAUUCUGCGCAGUCUCAGAGGAGAGAGCAAAGGUCACAGUCUGUCCACGGGGAUAAUGGUCACAUUGUUGUUUCCGAUGCGCAAAAUCUGAGAGAUGCAAACGCGUCGCGCCAAUCGAUUCCCAUCACGGCAUGCGCGACUCUGUGGGACCGGACGAGGGAGCUCAAAUAUGAAUCAUCACAGCAUGAUCAUAAGAGCCUCGCUGCCAAUGAAGCAUCGGGCUCCGGCCAUGGCACGCAGACACCAGAAUCAAUAGCCAGAGGGCGGCAUGAACGACGACCGAUCUCACGGGCCGGACUGCAUAGCGCCAAUGGUACACCAAACCGAAGGGUCAGCCGGGGCAGACAACCCGAGAACCCAACAGGGGGAACACCAUCGAAGCAAGGACGUUCCUCGGCCACGAGCUCUGGGAACCGGAGACGAAAGUCAUCAUCCACCAACCCCGUGGAUCUCUCCCAGUUCCGCCUAAUCGAGGAGUACAGGUCACCCAACUGCCCUGUCCAUGGAGCCCAUGCGGCGGCUCAGGGUGCGGACAGGGUCAACUCUACAGGGUCGGCGACGGUAACCCAACCCCCUUUUGGAUCGCCCCCAAUCAGACGUGUGCACACUACGGAUCCCUCAAUGUUGUCUCUCAAUGACACAGCGCGAGCUCCCCUCGAACCCUUGGCUCAAAUUGACGGCAGCGACGGUGCGGUCGUCGUCGCAACUGAGGUACGGAGCACAGCAGCAUCGUCUGCGACAAGUAGCGGAUCCCCUUAUUCACUCUUCGAGCCCUCGACGCCCCAGGCUAUGACAUGGAUCUUUGAGGACCUCAACAGCGCGCCUCUCGAUGACGUACACAAGCAGGUCGCGCAAGUUGCCGAGGUCGCUCUUUCACGACCUCGAAGUGCGCUUUGGUGAACAUAUGAUGGGUGAUUUGAAGCUAGCCAG